GCUCCAGAAGAUGCGGAGGCCUCGCGAGCGGAGAUUGCGCAGGCACAGACCAAGGCUGCCAAGCUGAUGUUCUCGAGAAAGGACACCACUCAGCUAGAAGCUGAACAAGAAGCUAACUGCCGAGUGGAGUGCGAGGAUGGCACAGUGAUGUACAAAGGCCCCGGAGGCCGAUUGGAGACCCACGCUGAGCGCCAAAGCCGAUUGGCGCACAACUGCUACAUGCGAUUCAGCAGGAGCUUGAAGUGCCGGGACCUGCCACCGAGUGUGAUGGAAGCCGCAAAGAAGCGGAAGCACAACAAAUCGAUCCUCGAUAGUCUUUUUGAAGACUGGCUUUCUGCUGGAGAAGAUUGGAGCGAAUCCAGCAUCGUUCUCAAUCACAAAUCCACGGAGACCAGCAAGAAGCGUGGCCGCUAUGUGAUGAAGCCUUACCGCACCCUGAAAGAGCUGCAUGGAAAAGGCAUGGCAGAAAAACUCUUGCAACGCAAGCAGGAGCAGCAGCGUGCGAAGGGUGACGCAGAGCCAAACUGGGUGGAGGCGCACCCGGACUUUCCUGAUGUCCAGGACUACAUGCUUCUCCGGGUGUGGGACAGCACCGAAUUUUCUGAGGAGGAGGAGACAAGCACUUCGAAGUCGCACAAGGUUGAAGCCAAUGUGGACUCUGACCAAACUCGGGUGCUUGUGAAGUCGAUGAUGGGGCAACGUGGCCUUGCCUCUGGUGCGCCUGCUGCGCCCGCAGCUGCACCUCCUGCACCUCAGGACCCGGCGCCUCCGAGGGCGCCCAAGAAGAGCAACCCGUAUUCAUUUGCGAAGGUUAUUUCCGGCAAGCUCUCCGUGGUGUCUGGCAAGCUUACGGAUGUGAUUUGCUGGGAGAGCAAGAUCCAGGAGUCCUCAUUGAGUGACCAAAUGAAGCAGGGCUACAAGGAGGAGCUUUUAAAGCGAAAACAGGGAUUGCAAAACACCAGGGAAGCCCUUGAAGCUUGGUACACCUCCAACAGCCGCACAACAGAUGAAGAUCUGAGCGAGUCUGCCAAGACUAGCUACGAGAGCCUGCUGGGCCAAGCUGAAAGCAUCACCCUGGACUACGCGGGCCUGCUGAAGACUUUGAAGCCAAACCUCGCCCCAGCGUCUGCCAAGAAGAAGGCUUCCAGCAAGAAGUGA